AUUGUAAAUAUUUCAGAGGAGUACCGAAUAUAUAAUAUAUUAUUUGAGCUUUAACGCUCGUACAACAUCAGAUUAUUACACCAAAAUAUUCCAAAACCGUCUCUGACUUGAAUUUUCAAUCGCUGCAAUCUACUACCUAGCAGUUUCUUUAGAGAUUAUUUUGUUAUUGUUUUAUACUAGAAAACGACGAAACUGUAAGUUAAUACCUAAAUUAAAUUUAUAAAAUUAUGUACUAAUUAAUUGCAUUUAAUUCUAGCGAUGUCACCCCUGAAACCACCCUGAAUAGUUACCUAAGAGACAAACUACAUCUUACAGCUAUGAAGAAAAUGUGCCUAAAGGCGGUUGUGGCACUUGCAUAGUUACAGUAGAAGCACUAGAAGCAGAUGGCACCAAAAAACUCUUUGCAGUCAAUUCAUGUUUGGUCUCAAUUUUUUCCUGUCACGGCUGGAAAAUCUUAACCAACGAAGAAGGCAUUGGGAAUCCUUUAAUCGGUUAUCAUGCCAUCCAGAAACUUUUGGCCGACAAUAAUGGCACUCAAUGUGGAUUUUGUUCUUCUGGCAUGGUGAUGAGCAUGUAUGCUUUGCACGAGUCCGGACCGAAAACCCAACUUGAAAUUGAAGACUCUUUUGGGGGAAAUUUAUGCCGCUGCACCGGUUAUCGGCCAAUAUUGACUGCUUUUAAAAAACUAGCAUCAGAUUCCAAUGAUAUAAUGAAAAUUGAUGACUUAGAAGACGUUGGGAAGUGCUCUAAAGCAAAAUGCGAAAACAAAUGUCGGCAAACUUGCAAAAAAACUCCAGUUUAUUUUGAUAUGGAGCCUAUCAAAUGGAUGAAAGUUUAUAAAUUGGUUGACAUAUUGGAAAUUUUGAGAACCACCGGAAAUAGGCGCUACAUGCUUGUAGCAGGAAACACUGCAAGAGGUGUGUACUUGCUCACUCCAAGUACCACUCCAGAACUUUACAUUGAUGUCACCGCAGUAAAAGUGCUGACUACUUAUACUGCAUUAGAUACUAGUUUGAUUGGCACUCUUGCGGGCAAUUUAAUGAUCAAGCACCAUCACAACGAGUUCCCUUCGGAUGGAUUUUUGAUACUAGAAACUGUAGCAGCUACUUUAGUAAUUAUUGAUGUCGACGAAAAUGAAACGAGAGUGUCUCCGCAAGAGUUUUUGAGAGUCGAUAUGAACAAGAAAGUUUUAAAACAAAUACUUUUACCCGCAUAUGGUCCUGAAUAUUGCUAUGGAAGUUAUAAGAUCAUGCCAAGAGCUCAAAACGCUCACGCAAUGGUCAACGCAGGAUUCCUAUUGAACAUUAACAAUUUGAGCCAAGUAAAAUCAGCUCGAAUCGUUUACGGAGGCAUAAACCCGACAUUCGUGCACGCUUCCAACACCGAAGCCUUACUUUUGAAAAACCCCUUGUUCAACGAUAACGUAUUGCAGCAAAUUUUCCAAUCACUGGACCAAGAGCUCAAUCCCGAUUGGGUUUUGCCAGAUCCCAGUCCGAAUUUCAGGAAACAAUUGGCAAUCGAUCUUUUUUACAAGUACAUUUUAAGCAUUGCACCUCCACAAAAGAUAUCGGAAAGAAAUAAAAGCGGAGCCAGUCUGCUAUCCAGACCAGUUUCUAGCGGAAUUCAGGAAAUUUACACUCAAGCUAUCGCAGGCUCAACUAUCACCAACAUAAAUCCUAUAAAAGCACUAAAUUAUCCUGACGUUGUAGCAUUCUAUUCGGCCAAAGACAUUCCUGGAAUCAACAAUAUUGCUGUAGCAAAACUAAGUAUGGAGGUAGAAGAAAAACUGUUUUGCGACAAAGUUGUGCAGCACUAUUCUCAGCAAGUGGGCGUUAUAGUGGCCAAUAAUCUUGAAGCAGCUGAAGCGGCAGCUAAGCUAGUUGAAAUUUCAACAACUCCGCCAACUAAAAAGCCUCUAUUCACUGUUCAAGAUGUUGCAAAUGAAAUGAGCAGAAUCACACACAGGACUAGUUUUUUGCCUAAAUCUAAAGGCACCGAGGUUAAGACCGUGAUUAAAGGCAAAACCAACGUUCGUGGUCAGUACCAUUUCCACAUGGAGACUCAAAACUGUAUGGUGAUACCAAAGGAAGAUGGGCUCGAUAUUUUUGCUGCCACUCAAUGGAUGAAUGCGUUGCAAGGGGCUGUAUCGCAGAUUCUCAAUAUUCCUUCGCAAAAGAUAAGCAUGUUCGUGAGGCGUUUAGGUGGUUCAUUUGGGGCCAAACUAACCAGGAACAUGUUUGCAGUGGGAGCAGCUGCUUUAGCUGCCUUCAAACUUAACAGACCAGUUAAAAUGUGGAUGAAUUUUUACGAUAACAUGGAAAUUAUUGGCAAAAGAUACUCACUUUAUAAUGAAUAUGAAGUUAGAGUUAAUGCUAGUGGAGUUAUCCAGUAUCUUACUUCUAAUUUAUAUUCGGACUACGAUAUCGGUGGCAACGAACCAAUGGACCAUUUGCUGGUAGCCCAAUUUCAAAACUGCUACGUUGUCGAUACUUGGACUUUCGAUACCUACACAGUGGUUACUGACAAUGCGGCCCAAUGCUACACUAGAGCUCCAGGUGUUUUAGAAGGUCUAACUGCAAUCGAAACUAUCAUGGACCACAUUGCAAACACUCUCAAACUGGAUCCGGUAGUUGUGAGAAGGGCUAACAUGUAUGCACCGGCUAAUCCUUUGCUGGCUAACAAAUGGAAAAAGAAAGGUAUCUCAGUAAUUCCUAUGAAAUACAGUAUGGACUUUCCCACGAAUUACACUACUGUUGUAUCCAUUUACAAUAUAGAUGGUGGUGUUGCCGUUAGUCAUGGUGGCAUUGAAAUGGGACAAGGAAUCAACACAAAAGUGGUUCAAGUAUGCGGCUACAAAUUUGGCAUUUCCAUGGAACAAGUAUCUGUGAAACCGUCCUAUAAUGUUGCUUCGCCUAAUUCAUACAAGUCCGGUGGUAGUUUGACGUCAGAAGCUGUUGUAUAUUCUUUACUACGAGCUUGUGAUGUACUACUAGAACGCAUUAAACCAAUUAGAAGCAAAAAUCCAAAUGGAACUUGGGAGGAACUCAUACAACUUUGCUACGUGAAAAAUGUUCGCCUUAGUGCCAACGGAUUUUACUCUGAAGAUUCACCUGGUAUAGCACCCUAUGCAGUUUUCGCUGUAAUAGCUUUAGAAGUAGAAGUAGAUAUUUUGACGGGUAAGCACGAAAUCCUCCGUCUGGAUAUUUUAGAAGAUGUGGGCCAAACCAUCGCAGAACCGCCUACGUGCUUGACUAUAGCUUCACCUUUAGCACUUAGAGCUGCAGUUGGUUCGGCUAGAAAAGAAGCCUCACCGGAAAAUGCCUCUUGGUAUCCUAUAAAUGGGCCAUCAACUGUUGAACAUACUUUGCUGAACAGCUUGAUUAAUUAUAAAUAAUUCACUUUGUAGUGCCUAGCAGAAGAAGCUUAUUUCAGUAAUCAGAUUUGCUCUUACAAUUUAGGCUAUAGGUGUAUUAUUUUAAUAAUAAAAUUAUCUGAAGCUAUAAUAAUAUAGUGUUCAUCGCGCGGUUUCAAAAUUGAUUCGAAGUCUGUAAGAACUACGAAUAGAAUACGCAUUUGUUUUUCAAU